AUGAUUUCCAAAAAAGGCAAAACCAUGUUGGCUUUACUGCUUUUGGUGACGUUAAAAAUUGUCCUCAGUUUUGGCUACCACCACCAUGGCCCACAGGAUGCCAAUGUACGUCUGCUCAAAACCCUCCACAGCUAUAUGGACACAAGUUCCGAUCCCUGUCAAAAUUUCUAUCAAUACGCCUGUGGAAAUUGGGAAAAUGCCCAUCCAAAUAUAACCUCCAAAUAUGUUGACACCUUCGGCAGCCUGGAUUAUAUUAUCAACAAGAGGAUCAAAUUUAUACUCCAAGGCCGGAGGAGGAGAAAAAUUUCCCGAAAUUUUGAAAAUAAUGAAAUCUAUCGUAAGGUACGCUCCUAUUUGGCGGUGUGUGAGGAGCAAAAGAAAUUUGAGCCGGAACAGUAUUUGACGGUUUUUAAACCCCUGCCAGGGGUGGAGUGGCCCGAAAAUGGAGAGGAGUGGCAGUACCCCCUGGAGCAAUGGAAUGUUUGGUCUACCCUGGGCCGUUUACAGGCUAUGGGUUUCAAUGGCUUCCCCUUGUCACUGGAAUUGAAACAUGAAAAUGCCACCCACUUCCGGCUGGAGCUGGACAAGGUCAACCUGCUGGGUUUUACGGCUUUUGAGCAAAAAAUUGUAGAUCAUUUAGAGGGUUCGUUGAACUGGAAUUAUCGCCAAUUGGCCAUGGAAAUGGAGGAGUUUCUCAAGACCCUGGCUGCGCUGCGUAAAAAUCACAAUAAUUUCAAGGAGGAAAAAAUCUCCCUGGCAGAGUUAAUGCAAAGGGUACCCUCUGUGGAUUUUGAGGAAUUUUUCGAAAAUUUACUGGGUCUCCAGAGGGAGUUUUUUGAAAAUAUCCAAAUGGUGGUGACCAAUUUGGCCUAUUUCCAGGAGUUGGGAGAAUUGUUAAGGCAAACCCCCGGCCAGACCCUCAUCCAAAUGCUGCGAAUAAAAUUCCUGGGCUACAUGGAAAAACAAAUGCCAAAGGUGGAAAAUCAUUUGCAUUGCCUGCAGCAUAUGCGCGACCUGGUCCCCCUGGCCCUGGACUAUAUCUACGAGGAGGAGGUCUAUCGCCAUCAAAGAAAUCACUCGGAUGGGGUUAUCAAAAGGAUAUUCCAUCGAAUGCAGGGGAAAUUUUUAGAAAUUUUACAACAACAUCAGCAGGAGUUUUCCGAGCCGGAAAUUGCAUUGCUGGAGGAGAAAAUUUCCCGCAUGAAAUUGAAUAUUGGAAAUUUACCUCAGGUCGAGGAUGGGAAUUUUUAUGUUCACUAUUUUCGCCACUGGUAUGUGACGGACAAUGAUUUCUAUUGGAAUCACCUGAAUGCCCUGCAGCAUCAUCAUCAGCAGAGAUUCAAGCUAUUACAGCUGAAAACGGCCCAACCCCAACAUACCUUUGUCAUCUGGCCCUAUGGCUCGCCCGCGUUUCAACCCUCUGCCAACAUGGUGGUCAUACCUCAUGCCUAUCUCAGAUUUCCGAUUUUUCAUCCCGACUUCCAUGAUCUAUUUCUCUAUGCCGAACUGGGCAACACAUUGGGCCAUGAAAUCAUGCAUGCCUUCGACAUCAAUGGCCUGGACUUUGAUGGCCAAGGAAAUCCCACCACCUUGAUUAGUUCCACCCUGCCGAACAAGAAAGCCUUCUUCAAGUCUCUACGUUGCUUUUCCCAACAACGUUCGGCAAGUUUAAAUGAGAAAAUUGCCGAUAUCAGUGGCUUCAAUCUGGCCUAUGCCACCUAUUUUGAUCAACACCCUCCCGGCGAGGUAUUCCAAUUCCAUCCCCACUCCCCGCUGGGUGCCAAACAAUUAUUUUUCAUAAAAUUUGCCCAAUUCUUUUGUGCCAUCAAUCCCAAACGCAUAACCUAUGAUGAGAGCCAUGACACCCCCCUGUAUCGGGUGCCACAGGUUGUGGCCAAUCAUCGAGAUUUUGAAAAGGUGUUCCAUUGUCCCGCCACAAAGAAGAAUCGCAUCGUUUUGGAGAAAUGUAAUUUGUGGUAGAAUUAUUUUUAGGGCAAAAACAAAUAUAGA